GUCGGAGCACGUGUCUUGUGACUCACGCACCCACUCUCCGGGGCCAGGAAGUGGCAAGAAGAGGAAAUGAUUGGUGCGGCCUUUCGUUCCCUUCCAGAUGCUCGACAUGCCACACUCCAAGGGCUGUGAAGCAGCCGUCAUGAAGUUCAUUUUUUUUGCCCUACUUGCCCUCGCACAUUUCACAACUCCUGUGGUUGCCCAAGUUUCAGGAAGUCCAACUUUGAUAGUUCAGAAGGAAGAAGAUGCCAAAGGAUUUCAAACCACAACAGAAUUUUUUCUGAGUACUGUUGGGAUGUUAACAAAUGAAAGUCACAAUCCAGAAAAUUUAACCUUUCUGCAAGAGAAUGUAUCAACAAGUGAAGUGACAAUACCAGCUGAAGUGACAGUGGCUCUCAGCACAAGCAUUGUGCAAUUCAAGAACACUCCAGAAGAUUCCACACCUCAGCUACCAUCUGUUGACCAAGAAAAUAGAAGAGAUGCUGAGAUGAAAGAAUAUCGUGAUAUUUUCACUUAUGAUUAUUAUUCCUUGCGCAAAUGGGGUUUAGUAGCUGCUGCCAUCCUAUUCAUCUUGGGCAUCCUCAUUCUUACUUGUGGUAAACAUGGGAAAUUUCCACGAUGCCGAGGGAAUAAGCGGGCAAGAACAUACGCUGUGUCUCUUGCUUGAAACGUCUUUGCCUGAAGCCUCUGAAGACUGCACUGAGAAUGCUUUGGUGCCACCAGGGGGCAUCCUUUCUUAUGAUGAAAAAAAUGUUUGGUCUCCCAAAACGAUUUUCCUGCUAUCCAUCCUUUCCAUUUGUGCUUAUGAUGAUCCUACAACAUAAGUCCAUUUUUAUUGCCCUCUCCCUAAAUUAUCUUUUUGUUACAUUAAACUAGUUCCUUGGCACAACC